GUUUGCGGCACAUUUUGAGGUCACGUGGAUACAUUUGGGUUCCAUCAUAUCUUGCUGAGUAACGUUACUUUUACUUUACCUCCUGCAAAAUGUCCAAACUACAGUUGUUGAAUGUGUUUCUUACCAAGCGACUAACCGCGGCUGCUGUGGAGAUAUAUGUGGAAGUGGAAAAAACCAUAACAGAGUACGAGAACGAAAUGUCCAGUUCGAAGGAGGAAAUCAAGCGUUUACGGCGGCUACUGGAUUUGGUUUUCAAUCCCGAGAUAAAAUUACAUCGAGCAGACCUACAUCAGCUCGAUCUCCCAGAUGAGGUUUCUCCUGAGCAGCAGCACUGUGAGCAGGAGUGGAGCCCCAGUCUGAAGCAAGAGGACCCAGAGCCCUCGCAGAUUAAAGAGGAACAUGAAGUUUGGACUAGUCAGGGGGGAGAACAGCUUAAAGAGCUAGAGUCUGAUACCAAGGAGUUCAUAUUCACUCCCUCUGUGGAAAAUCUGGAACCACCUCAGACUUCACAUCUUUUCCAAAUGCAAAUUGUGGUCUCACCCACCAGUACAACUAAAGAGAUCAAGAUGAAACCAUGUCACAUUGGUGAAAACUCUUCUUGUCAUGUUUGUGGUAAAUGUUUUGACUGUAAAUCUGGUCUGGAAAGGCAUAUGAGGGCUCAUACUGGCGAAAAACCUUAUUGCUGCAGUGAAUGUGGCAAAUGCUAUAGUCAGAUAGGAAAUCUGAAAGUGCAUAUGAGGGGGCACACAGGGGAGAGAUCAUAUAGAUGCUUUUUGUGUGGAGAAUACUUCAUCACAGCAUCCCAAUUAAAAUCACAUAAAAUCACUCACACGCAGGGGAGUAAUAUAAUCCCGGGGACAUCCAAAAGCAAAUCUCAUUUGUAUGCUGGUAACAGUCGUGAGACUAGGGAGGGACCGUAUCAGUGCAAGGAAUGUGUUAAAUCCUUCAGGCAGAAGAGGAACUUGUUACGGCAUAUGAGAAAUCACACAGGAGCAAUUAAUGCAGCAAAUGCUUCAACUGGAGUGGAAAAAAUGUUUAUUACAUGAUUUACACAGAGGAGAAAAUGUAUUUUGUGUCCUAAUACUCCAGCAACGAAUUCAAACAAGUGAAAUCCACAUCAGGGCAAGGACUUUAGAAAAUGGUUUAGAAAGUUUGGAUUCGGAUAUCUUGAAAAUGAAAGGAGAAGGAAACAUGGGAGGAAACAUGAACGUGUCAUUUGGAUCAGUAGGAGUUGACUAAUGGACUUGUAGAACAUAAAAUUAUUUCAUUACAUUAUCACAUUUGUUGUUUUUGGCGAAGAUAUUUAGGAUUUGUAAGCAGUUUCAAACUUUUAUGAAUAGAAGUUGUACAGCUGUAUUCUAGAAUAUGGUGUGUUAAAAUUGACCAUUGAAUCUAACAUUUUGAACCUGGGGAGGAUCACAUUCCCAGUCAAUCCCCAUCUAAAUUGAUAAUGCAUUUCUGCAAACUCUAUUAUCCUCUGCGGGUUGCGAGGCAGAUGUUUUUACAGAUGCUCUUAAACAUGAAUGGCAUACGACAGUCUUUUCUGGGACAAACAUUACUGUGUUAAAAACAAAUGUAUAUUUGAAUAAAGAUGUGUUUUUAAAUGGA